AUGGAAACCAAUAACAAACACUGCCAGACAUUGUCACUAACAGAAGUUCGUUCCGAUGAUUUUCCAAUGUAUGACGAGACUGUAGAAGUGGAUGCCAACGAAAUUGAUAGCCCUUCUGAAGACGAGAUGUCCAAGUUCAACCCUCCAGUCCGGCAUACGGCGAGACAUGACUUUGAUUCUGACUCCGCCAGUGACGACACGCCAGAGAAGUUUGACUUCUCAGAGGAGGAUCAGUCGCCGGAUCGACAGUCGAAGCAUUCGGAUAAGGAUAACAAUACAAAAGCUAAAAAUAACGACCUCUCCCGGCAGUCCAGUCGUCGGCACGAUUCUUCUAAUUCCGAAUCGGAUAGUACGGAUUUAGAGGCAGUGUUAAAUCGGCCCGACCCAGUGCUGCCAACUAGCGGCAAAAAGCGAGGAGUCGUUAUACCAGCUGAAGGGGCCUAUGAUCCCAAACAGUUUGCUGAUCUGAAAGUGCCAGCUGAAAUGGAGAACAUCUUUCAAUAUAUCAUGAAAUACACGCCCCAGAAGAUAGAUAUAGACUUCAAGCUCCAGCCCUUCAUACCGGAAUAUGUCCCAGGUGUUGGCGACACGGAUGCGUUCAUAAAAGUCUCCUCGCCCGUAUGCGGUCUAAGAGCUGAGCCCCUUGCUGAACGCGCCCUUAACAUGAUUGAUAAUUUAGGUUUAACAAUAUUGGACGAACCAGCGGCUGAACAAAGUGACUCGGCGUUGUUGCAUCUCCAACUUAGAGCCAUUUCUAAAACUAGCAGUGCGAAAUCCAAUCUUUUAACGAAGAAAAUCGAGAAUGCCGAAAGCAAUCCCAAGGCGAUAGAGAGAUGGAUAAAAGAUGUCAGCGAGUUGCAUAUAUCGAAACCGGCCCCCACCGUCAGUUAUACUUCAAAAAUGCCGGAUAUUGACAGCCUAAUGGAAGAGUGGCCCGACGCUAUGGAGGAAACAUUGAACGAAGUUGGUUUCCCGCCGGCGAGUCUUGACUGCUCACUGUCACAAUACGUUGAUAUAGUCUGUGCAAUAUUCGACAUUCCAAUAGCGGGAGACACGCUCAAUGACAGAUUACAGGCUCUACAUUUGUUGUUUAGUCUGUAUUCAGCUGUCAAAAACUCGCAGUUGUACGCUGAUAGGAUAAAAGAGGAAAAGGGAUAA